CAGUAGAGUAGCGGCCUUCGACGCGAUCUGAUCUUGGUUCUCUUCGAGAAAGUGUGCGCCCGCGCACGCACUCCAAACACACACAGGACACACACAACUAUACACUUACUUUAUAUAUAUCAAAUAUAUAUAUAUAUUUAAAGUCGUCCUACUCUCCCCUAAAUACGGUGCUGCGCCGAGAACUUAACGCACUGCGCAGGCUACUUUUCUCUUCUAUCUAUCUCAGUUUUUUACCCGUUCGUCUCAUCAUCUCGACCAUAAUGCCGGGCCUUUCUCUUUGUAUACUAUUUCAUACCAACCAAAAUUCUGGAUAUUCUCUAUCCAACAAAGACAAAUAAACUGGGUGGUUUCCUACUGGGGUUGGUCAAUGUGUAAAUUGGAAGACUAGUCAGGAUUCUUUCGGGGGUUCUUUAAUCUACCCAACCGACCUUUUAAUCUUGGACAUCUCUGGAUUUACAGUGUAUCAGUGAACCAGUUCCUUAUUUUUUUUUUAAGUUAAUACACUAUAAUUAGUGUUUUGUGCAAAAUUGCAUAGAUACUCUAUUAAUUACUCAACUUUGUCAUAGUAUCUUGAAGAUACAAUUAUCUUUAUUAUUCGUUGUUAUUGUCUGACACCUAGGGGUGUCGCCAGCAAGACAAGGGGUUGCUUUUUUUACGUGUACGUGUGGAAUUACAAAAAAGGUUGAUCGAGGAAGAAAAGUAAAGAAGGAAGUAGUGCAUGGUUCGUGGCGCGAAAGGAAAAAACAAGAAGAGAGAGAGAGAAGUCAAGUUGGUGAGACACUGAGGGUGACAAGGGAAAAAGAGAGUACACCGUGUAUGUGUAUUAUUUGUGUGUAUGUAUGUAAGAGGGAGGGAGAGAGAGAGAGAGAGAGAGAGAAAGAAGCCAGGGGAGAUCGACCAUUGUUCGUCGGUCGAUCGACACUAGCAGGAACCGCUUCGUACCAACUCGGCAAUCUUCGUGUCUUAUCGUCAUCGCGUAUAGCUCUCUUCUCUCCUGCUGCAUGCCGUGCAGAUUUCUCGACGUGUCGCCGCACGCAGUAGUAAGCGCGGAUGGGUCAGCCCCGGUGAGAAGAGCUCGGUUUUACUGUGUGCACGGUGUUCGCAUCAUUCUUGGAUUGAUUUACUCAACAGUGUUUAAGGGAUACACAUUACUAACCCCCAUACACCAAUUGUCUUAGUUAAUUAUCCUAUUUAAUUGGAGGUGUCAACUUUAAGAGGGUUUUCUUUUUUUAUUCUGAUCUUCUUAUUGGUGUCCCUCCUUUUGUGUGUCCCAAACCACCCCAGGCUCUACCUUUUGUGUUGAACCCAUGUGUGCGCGAUAUUGAGGCAUGUAAAUUAAGGAAGAAUCUAAUAAUUAUUAUUAUUAUUAUUAUUAUUAUUAUUAGAAUAGUGUUUAAUAUGAUAACAACUCGAGACGGUUCAGUUUAGAAGCCGUCUCGAGAGGAUGAACCUUCGCAGUAACGCGUAGAGUAUUGUGAUUCGUACGAUGAUUACGAAGAGUGUUAAGAAGGUGUCGGUGAAGAUUACGAAGAAGACGAGGAACGGGUUAACUAUUAAAGUGACGAGAAAGAACAGUGAUCAAAGAUUUGGAGCAACUGCAUCAGCAGUAGCAAUAGCAGCUAAAGCUAAAGCUACGAUUAAAACGAACAAAACGGAAAAGAUAGAAUACGUUAAAGCAGCAUGCCACCGGUGUUAGGAGGUGCGGCAAUGGCGGUCCUUCCGGUAAGCCCGCAGACGGCUACGCAGGGUAACCCGCACCACCAUCACGGUCAUCACGUACACCAAGGGCAAACGCAGGUUUUGAUCGCGGCCGCCGGCGCAGGCACGCAGGCUCAGCCGCAGCUGCUUUAUCAACCUUAUAAUCUGAUGCCGGCGACUGGUUCGCCGUCGCAUCAACCACCCUUUCAACAACAUCAUCACCAAUAUCAGCAACAUCAUCAUCAACAGCAACAACAGCAAGCCCAACAACAACAAGCCCAACAACAGCAAACCCAACAGCAGCAACAAGCUCAACAGCAACAUUCACCACCUCCACCAACUCAACAGCAUCAACAGCAUCAACAGCAUCAGCAACAUCAUCCAGGUGCCGCCCAACAACAGACCAGUUUUCUACCUAACGACGUUGGAAACGUAACUACCGCUGCCUUGGCCUUGGAACGUCGGGAUGCGGAAGUACGUGAAUUAGAAAAACGCGAGCGUGAGUCGAAGAUGGAACGAGAGAGGUUGGAAAAACAAAGGGCCGCCGAGCAAGCGGUUCACAAACAUUUUGAAGAAUCCCUUAGGUUGGCACAGCAAAAGGUGUCUUAUAUUCCGCAGAGAAACAUGCAGUCGGCCUCGAUGGCGUGGAACACUUUUAUACCUCUCCCACCACACGGAAGUAGAAGCCAUGGUGGCCCGCAUUCGGGUAUGGCAGCGCACGGUGGUCACCAUCAUCCUGGAGGCCCUGGUUCAACUGCUGCGCAUCCUGUUACGGUGGCUCAGCAACAGCAACGUGAACGCGAAGAACGUGAAGCUAGAGAACGAGAACGGGAAAGGGAACAACGAGACCGAGAACGAGAUGUGAGAGAAAGGGAACGGGAAAGGGAGCAUCUGGUAGUUGCUGAAAGAUUACAAAGGCAAGCUGAAGCUAGAGAUCACGUGGCUGCUCAACAAAGGGCGGCUUAUUACGCUGCUACAGCACCAGCGACUCAACAGGUAUCCCGACCGUCGAGCGUACCUGUAAAAGUCGAUUACCCACCACCACCAGCACAUUCUAGGACAUCUAAGUCAUCGUUGCCGGUUGGUAGUCUUCACGAAAAAGCACCGUCAGUGGUGGGUCCGUCGCACAGUUCGCUUCCAAAAGCUGAACCGAAUGUUAAUCUGUUCAGUUAUUCCACGUACCAGGCGCAAUCGUCGUAUAUGCAUGAUAUCAAAGUAAAGAGCGAUCAACUUGGACAAUCUUCUCAUAAAACGUUAACGAGCAAAAGUGGUUUAGCUGGUGGUCUCGAAAGAGAUCAUCAUGGUAGGGAGGUAUUACAAAAUCCACCUUCUUUGCUAUCCGAUCACAAGAGUUCCGUUAUUGUGAAAAACGAAGGCAGAGAAUUACCUAAGGGUCCACCACCUCAACAACACUCACCGAGUCCGAAAAUGAUGCCGUACAUGAACGUUCAAUCGGUAGCGCCGCAACACAAGCAGGCUGCCUACGAAUAUAGGAGUCCAACUCAAAGCCCUCAUCACCUUCAUCACCUGGACAGUUUGCAAGGGGCAAAAAGCAUACCGCAAAGUCAUCACAGAAGUGGGAGCAGCGGUGGAGGUUCUACAACAGCGUCCCAACUACCAAGCUCUCACGGUCAUCCACCACCACACUCGCACAAUCGACAGUCGCCUCAUACUCAGCAUCCUCAUCAGCCACCACAUCCAUCACCCCCAGAAACGCGUUAUCUGAACAGGUCUGAGCCUGGGCUACCCUAUGCUACAGCUAAAUCAACGUAUGCUUAUCCACAUCCACACCCACCUACAGCUUCACAAACUUCACAUUAUGCCGCACCUCCGGCUGUCUCGAAACCAAAAGUCAGCAGUCCGGCGCCACCACAUAUAUACGGCAAGCCAAAUUCCGGUAUAAUGACCGGUACGCCAGUUUGCAGGGCUUCCGAGCCCGCAGUCGCAGCACCGAUACCUUUAACGUCGAAAGCCGGUAGCUCGCCUUACCAGCAAGUGCCUCAUCAUCAUGGAGCGCCGCCACCUCCUUUACCUCCACCAGCCCAUAGUAGCAGAUCCGUAUACGAUAACAGGGGUUUCGCUGGCUCGAUGCCAGCCGCAAAACUACCACCUCCACCUCUACACGGAUCACCACCUACGGCUGCUUCGGCACCGCUUUCGAGGCCGAUUGUUCAUCCUGCUCAUCACGGUAGUCCACACCAACAACCCGGUCAAACGUUGCAACACGCUCAACCUCAAAUUGCUGCUUCAAAUUUCCAAACUCAACCUCUUGAUCUCGGAGUUGAAAGAUCCGGCUCACCUAAGAGAAAAGCACCAACGCCACUUUCCUGCGAUAACGUUAGUGGUCAGCCGGUUUCCUUAGAGGUCUGUAAGAAACGACGAACGGAAGAACCACAACCAUUGUCCCUACAAUGCGUCGGCUCACCCGUUUUGUCUAGGGUGAGCGAACCUAGUCCUCUCAUCGCUUCGGCCGCAACUUCUAUCACUACUGUCGUCAAUACCGCGGCUUUAUUGUCGCAACCUACGAGCGACUCUCAGCCUUCUCAAGAACGUACCGUUGCUGCUGAAAGUCCAGCACCGAGGACAGCCAGUGGCGAUGGUUCAGUUAGACCAGCCAGUACCGGCAGUGUUAGCUCUUUUAAUCCUACCAAUGUUAGUGCUGCACCAAGUCCAGCACCUAUACCAAGUCCAGCCCCAUCAAUGGCGCCCAGUCCAGCACCAAGUGCUCCUGGUACACCUGCCAAAACUAAUCCUACAACAAACGAUAACGAAAAAUCCGAAAGUCCAGCACCAAGACAACCUAGCAGUACUAGCUAUCCCGUUCAUAAAUUAAAAAAGGCAUGGCUUCAAAGGCAUUCAGGCGAAGAUGGUACCGAGGAUACCACAGGCAUGGUGGGAAGUGGUUCCUGUGUUACCUUACCUCUCAACAUUUCUCAAGCACCAUCCCAACCUCUCAAUAACAAAGAACGCGAACCAAGCUCGAAUUCGAGUAACACGACAACAACUACAACCUGUUUACCCAGCGCCGUUAAUUCCAUUUACAAUAUCGGUAGUAUGGCAGUGAACAGCAUCAACAAGAGUAAAGUCACUGCAAAAGGAAGUCGUAAGACAACGAAUAAGGAACCUCUUAACGGUCAUGCAACUGACGCAAAAAACCUUCAAGAAGAUUCAUCCAGCAGCGACGCUGAACGAAAGUCGCCGCCUAAGAGAAAAACAACCAAGGUAAAACGAAAGAAGGGAGCUGCACGGAGGCAACAAACUGCCGCAGAAGAUCAGCGGAGACACAAAGAAGAGAAACAAAACGUUGGGGCUGGAGCAGGAAGUGAUUCUAGCCCUGAAAGCGAUGCUGGAUCUGGUAGCGAUAGCGAACAAUUGGGCUCGGUUCAACCAACUCCGAGAGCGCGACAUACCACGGCCAAUUCCAACAAUUCCUCUGGAAACGAAAAUAAUAAUAAACUCAGGAAAAGAGGGAGAAGACCAAAGACUACUAAAGGUAACAACGAUACAGGAGGUGAAGAUCAACAACCACGUCAAAAAAAAGAACGUAGAGAUGAUAGCACAAGUGGCGGUAACAAUGGGCCAGGUGGAAGUGGUGGUCCCAUAAGAAGACCAGCCGUGUCACAGUUAAAGAAGACGGGUCAGAGUUGGUUGCAAGAUGACAUUUGUUUCUACGCCGCACCUAAAUUAGCCAAGUGUCGUGAAUGUCGACACGCCAUUACUAACGGACUUAAAAAUCUUCCUCAAAAUGUCUUCUGUAGAUUCUUCGCAUUUCGCAGAUUACGAUAUACAAAAAAUGGACAAUUGGCUAUCGCUGGAUUCAGCGAUCCGCACAAAGAUACUUCCGAGGAAGAUCUACGCUUAUGGUUGCCGGGAAAAGAUAAUCAGGACUCGGGCAAUAAUAAAGAUGAUAAAUCAGAAAAAAACAACGAUAAAGAUAAAUUAGAUAAAGUUAUCAAAGGAGAUCUAGACUUAGAGACAGCACACAGACUUCUUCGACAAGUUGGAGAUCAAUUUUGUGAUCUUUUACAUCAAGAAAAGGAUGCACUUCAAGAACAUAUGGCUGAAGUGAGUGCGGGAAUUACAGACGGAACAGUAGCAUGGAAGAGAGUUCUACCAGGAGUAAGAGAAUUAUGCGACGUAUGUGAAACAACACUUUUCAAUUACCAUUGGGCUUGCAGGAAAUGUGGAUUUGUUGUAUGCAUCGAUUGUUAUAAGGGACGUAAAAAUGGAACAAUUAAAAUAUGGGGUGAAAGUGGCAAAGACAGGGAUGAUUUUUCAUGGUUAUUGUGUACAAACAGACAAGCUCACGAACCAGAAAGACUUAUGCUGACGCAAAUAAUAGCUGGAGAUAGUUUGAUAAGACUUGGACAACGUCUUCAUGAGUGUAGAUCAGAAUGGGGAAUCCCUCAACAUUGUGGUUGUUCUUUUGUUGCACCUGGUCAACCAAACGAAAGUUUAAGAAAUUUAAUUAAAGGAGAAACCGUUCCUGUUCUUAAUGGUAACAUUAAGCAAGAACCGAAAGAAGAAAAGAAGGUAACUGAAUCUAAUGGUGCAUCGGAGAACAAAGUUAACGGGGAAGAUAAAAAUUCACCUUUGAAUUGGUUGGCGGAUGUGGCAUUACAAAACCAAGAUAAAAACGAAAGCGGUUCAAGUUCAGAUUCGGAUGAAGAUCGUGACGGUAAUUAUUCUACAUUGAGAGAACUGUUAAUAAGGCCAUCCCACAAAUCCAAUGGUAAUGGAUCCAGAUCUAAUUCACCUACUAAUAACACUAGUAAUACCAAUUCAGCAUCCGGCACAAACACUCAUAAUAAUAUGACUAAAUCUGGUAAGAAAUCUAAAAUGGAUACACUUGACGAAGUAAUAACCAGUGUUAUUGAACAUACGGUAACUAAAGAAAGAGAAAGCGGAUUGGAUGACGACGAGAAACCGAGAGAAUUGAAACACUUUGUACGUAGAUAUAAAUGGACUCAAAGGGGUAGAGAACCAUUACCAAUAAGAAUCAUGACGUUAACCGAAAGUAAAAGUUUAUAUCCAGAUGUACCACAUUCCUGGCUGUGUGACGGUAAAUUAUUAAGGUUAAACGAUCCAAACAAUCCAAACAAUUAUAGAAUUUUCCAAGACCAAUGGAAACGUGGACAGCCGGUUAUAGUAUCAGACGUAGCUAAAUCUCUGGACAUGGAUCUUUGGCAUCCCGAUUCGUUUGCCAGAGAUUUUGGGGAUAAGAAAAAUGAUCUUAUCAAUUGUAUGACUGGUAACUUGGUACCAAAUCAACCAAUGAGAAAAUUCUGGGAAGGUUUUGAACACUUUUCCAAACGACUUAAAGACGAGAGGGGAAAUCAUAUGUUAUUGAAAUUGAAAGACUGGCCGCCUGGCGAUGAUUUUGCUGAAUUAUUGUCGACGCGUUUUAUUGAUUUAAUGAAAGCAUUACCGUUGUUGGAAUACACCCAUCGACAUGGUAGAUUGAAUUUAGCGAGUCAUUUACCUGAUUGUUUUGUAAGACCAGAUUUAGGUCCUAAAAUGUAUAACGCAUAUGGUUCCGCGCUAUAUCCUAACAAAGGUACUACCAAUUUACAUUUGGACAUUUCCGAUGCAGUUAACGUGAUGGUAUAUGUUGGUAUUCCUAAGGAUGCUGAUAAUGAUGAACACGUCAAAGAGGCAUUAAGAGCUAUUGACGAAGCAGGCUGUGAUAUUCUGACGCGUCGUCGUGUUCGUGAACGCGGUGAAGCACCAGGAGCAUUGUGGCAUAUUUAUGCAGCUCGCGAUGCUGACAAAAUACGUGACUUAUUAAAUGCGGUAGCAUUGGAACGUGGUGCACGAUUAGAACCACAUCAUGAUCCUAUACACGAUCAAAGUUAUUACUUGGAUGGUCCACUACGGGAACGAUUGUAUCGCGAAUACGGUGUCGAAGGAUACGCAAUUGUACAAUGUCUUGGAGAUGCCGUUUUCGUGCCAGCUGGUGCACCACAUCAAGUUAGAAAUUUACACAACUGUAUCAAAGUGGCAGAAGAUUUUGUAUCACCUGAGAACGUGUCACAUUGUUUCCAUUUAACACAAGAAUUUCGUGAAUUAUCCGAUUCUCAUACCAAUCAUGAAGAUAAGUUACAAAUUAAAAACAUUAUAUAUCACGCGGUUAAAGAUUCUUUAACGGUGUUAGCUAAUGCUAAAGAAGAGACCAUUGCCAAAACUAAAACUGGAAAUGAAACGAAGAUUAAAGAAGAAACGUAGCCAUAGGCCCCUCGUCAUGAUCUUUUUUAAAGAUCCAUGAAAUUUGAAAAUCAUUGUCUUUUAAUAUAUAUAUAUAUAUAUAUUCAUUACAAAACACAAA